AUGAAUCCAAUACAAAAAGACGAAACGAACGAGACUGCUCGAUUGACAUCGACAGCAGCUCCAAGACCUUAUGUAUCAGUCACUGACGUUGGUCGAACAUUUGGCACAACGUAUUUUCUUGUUUCGACUUUACUUGCAUCUACCAUUCCAAUAAUUCAACUAGGUAUUGGUUUAAAUUACAUAGGACAAUGUCCGAUUAAUCAACAGAUUCCAACUUAUAUGAUCGUAGCUGGCAUCUGUGGUUUAGCAUUAGUUGGUCUUUCACUACUUAUCGCUAUUACAUUUAUCUGUUUUGUCCCGGGUUCAACAGCAUUAACAGUACUAGCUAAUUGUUGUGUAUCCUUUAAUGUACUGGCAGCUUUUAUUAUUUCAAUAUUCCUUUUUAUUUGGUUCAUUUUCGGUUGCGCAUGGGUAUUUAGCCUUCGUAAUAAGGUACAAUUUCAAGAUCUAUUAAAACCUAAUUAUUGUCAACCGGUUUUGUAUAAAGCUACAUUCAUAUUACUUAUUAUAACAAUUAUUUUCGCCUGUAUUCAAUGUUGUAUAUCAUGUUUUCGACAAUGCCGAUCAACUGACAAUAUGAAAUGA